AUGACCGAAAUUUCUCAAAAUGAUGUCAAUCAAAUAAAACAACUUGAAGAUCUCGUGAAACAACUCGCUUCAAACGUGUCGAAUUUAUUGUUAUAUCUUCCAAAUUUAAUAUCUGGUCUUGAAUCAUGUAAACAUAUUUUAAUUGAUGAUUAUUCAACGUUUGAUGAACAAACUAAAGCUUAUGCCUGGGCACAGGUUGUAAAAAUCGUUGAAUUAUUGGCAAAUGCUGCAAAAAUUGAUAAAUUGCGUGAUCCUCUCGGUUUAUCGGGAGCUUUCGAGUUAAUUGUUACAUUUAUGAACGUCAACGCCAAUGUAAAUUAUCCUAAUGUUGAUUAUCAAUGUCUUCGCGCACUUGCAAAUUUCUGUAUAACUCAUGAUAGAAAUCGGCAACAAUUUAUAGAUACCGGUGGUAUUAAUGUAGCGCUUAACUGUUUAAAACAACAAAAAGAUUUAGAAACGAUUCGCGCUUCUAGUGCGACUCUAUUAAACGCUGGACUCAAUUAUGAUAAUGUCAAUGUUGGAAUAGUAGAUAAGGAUGGUUUAAAUACUUUGGCCGAAAUCCUUGAUCCUGAGGGUGUAUUAAAAAAAUACGAGAAUGAUAUUGAAGUCGCAAGAACGUGUGUAUAUUUUGCCACUAGAGUUAUCAUAAACCUCAUCGGCACAGCUGAAGGAAAGAAGGAAAUUGGAAAUACAAAGGUGAUCACCUCUUUAGUUCACCUUUUAAAGUAUGCAUCUAGGGAAGGUGCUGUAGACGACGAUGUUGAUAUGUUAGAGAAUGUUGUGGAAAUUUUAGAAACUGUUUCUUUAGAAAGUGAUGAUGUGCAACAAAUUCUUGUACGAAAUAAUUUAUUCCCUAUUUUAUUGGAUUUCUUGGAAUUCUCAAAUCCCCCACUCAAUUGUGAACAACGUAUAAUUAAGAGUUAUGGUGAAUGUAAAGCUGCCGUAUUGAAAGUUAUUGUUUCUGCAACAAUGAGUGACAGCAAUAUGGAUCCAUUGUUUAAUGAUGCCACUUUAUUGAAUCGAUUCCUUCAUUGGUUGAAUUUGAGCACAGAUCGCGAUGAUUUACAAAUGUGUUCUGCAUUAUCUUUGGGAAAUCUCGCAAGAACUGAUAAACAUUGUAUACAAUUGGUUCAUGAAUUCAAGAUUGGUGAACCACUUGCGGACGUUCUAAAAACUUCAAGUAACAUUAAAGUACAGCAUGCUAUUAUAAGUGUGCUCAAGAAUAUUUCACUGCCAGUUGAAAAUAAGGCAAUAAUCGGAUCCUUGGGAAUUAUUGGAAUGUCUUCGCCCCUAUUAGAGAAAGACACCGUUCAACCUGUUCAGUUAGGGGUUAUUGGAAUUCUAAAGCAUUUAUCAUCUCAUAAUCUUUCAAAUUCGGUAAAGAUUAUUAUGGGAGAAAAUCCAGCUGAUACAGAGACACCAACUCCUUUAAAUCGAUUAUUGUCUAUAAUUAAAAGAUCGGAUGAAAUACCCGUUCGAAGUGAGGGAACACGCGUCCUUGUUAAUCUUGUAAAAAAACUUUGGAGCGAACAUCCAUACAAAGAACAAGAAGGAAUUUCAAUGAAAUUGUUGAGACAAAAAUUGAAUAAAGUGGAAAUAAUUGAGCCACUUGUUAAUAUGGUUAUAGAAUCCAAAUAUCCUAUACUUCAAAAUGAGGGUAUAAUUGCCUUGACUUUAUUAUCAAUGGAUGAUUCGGCCAAAGAAAUCAAUCCUUCUUUAGAUUUCUUGACUUCAGAAAAAGUUGGUGCUAGCGAUAAAUAUCCUGAUGAGAUAAGGAGUAAUGGUUGUAUGUUCUUAGAGAAAGCUUCAAAGGCUGCUUGCGGUCCUCAGAAACGUUAUUUGCGUGAAAAGGUACCACCUGUAAUAAAACCUUUAUUUACAAACGAACAUAAACCGAUAAGUGAUAGAUUAAAAUCUGAUAUCGAUAAAGUAUUGAAAAAUUUGGAUUAA